AUGUUGCCAGAAGAACCAAAAAACAAGUCGUCACUAUUUGAAGAGGCGGUUGAAGCUUUCUCAUUCUUGAAGGAACGUCUACCUGAAACUCUACAACACCCUCGUGUUGCAGUUGUUUGUGGCUCCGGUUUGGGAGAACUUGCAAAUACCAUCCAUGAUGAGCCGCGAGCAGAAUUCGAAUAUUCUUCCAUACCCCAUUUCCCUCGUCUGACAGUGCCCGGACAUGCGGGAAAACUCGUCUUUGGACUACUUGCCCACCAUAUCCCAGUCGUUCUCAUGGUGGGCCGUGCACACUACUAUGAGGGCCACUCGAUACAUCAAGUGACAUUUCCAAUCCGGGUUUUUAAGCUUCUUGGAAUUGAGACUAUUGUUUUAACAAACGCCGCCGGAGGCCUCAAUACCGAAUAUGUGGUAGGAGACAUCGUGAUCAUCAACGAUCACAUCUUCCCAGCAGGAUUCGCAGGAACACAUCCCCUGCGAGGGCCAAAUCUGGAGGAAUUCGGACCCAGAUUCCCUGCGCUGUCUGACGCAUACGAUCUCGAGCUCCGUCGCCAUGCACACCAGGCAUGGAAAGCAGUGACAAGCGAAAACAGUAAACGAAGACUACACGAGGGUGUGUAUGCCUUUGUUGGGGGUCCCAGUUACGAAACUCGAGCUGAGUGUCGUAUGCUUCGCCAAGUUGGGGCUGAUCUGGUGGGCAUGUCAACCGUACCAGAAAUAAUCGUCGCGAGGCAUUGCGGCAUUAGGGUACUGGCGUUCAGCUUGGUAACCAAUAAUGCGGUCCUCUCUCCAGUUCCCCGAGGAGAUGAUCAUCUUCUUCAAGCCAAGGACGUGAGAGAGCUGGAUUCCAUAUUGCAAGAAGGGAAGGCAAACCACGAAGAAGUCCUCGAAGCUGGCCGGACAGCAGCCAUCGAUAUGCAGAAACUCGUCGUGAGGGCCAUAUCAGAUGUCUAUGGGCGCCGAUAG